AAAAAAAAAUUGAAAUCAAACCAACCCACCCUUGGUCAUUGUCUACGUUUUUCCUCGACCUUGCAAGACACUCGUUGUUUACCUUAUACCAACCAAACACUUCCUUGGCGUUGGUUCCUGCCACCUUAAAAACCAGAGAUUAUCAACAACAACAAUAACAACAAUCUUCCACUUCAAUCCUUACCUUCCUUGACUUCCCAUUACCAUGGCUCUCAAUCUGAUCAUAGCUUUCCCAACAACACUUGCUCUGUUUUGUUCGUAUUUGCCGAUAAUUAGCAGCUCCUCCAACAAUUUCAGUUAUCCUGCGAUUUUCAACUUUGGUGACUCGAAUUCAGACACUGGUGGUUUAGCUGCUGGGAUUGCUUUUCCUUUGGGUCCGCCCAACGGCCAAACAUACUUCCUCGAACCGGCUGGCCGGUUCUGCGAUGGCCGCUUGAUCAUCGAUUUCAUUAUGGGUUCAAUGGGCAUGCCUUUCCUCAAUCCCUACUUGGAUUCUGUUGGUGCUCCAGAUUUCCAAACCGGGUGCAACUUUGCCACCGGAGGAUCCACGAUACUUCCAGCUGACGCCAGUUCUACUAGCCCAUUUUCAUUUCGAAUCCAGGUUGCUCAAUUUAUCAGAUUCAAGGCUCGAGUCCUCGAACUAUUAGCAGAUAAGCAGUUCCGAAAAUUCCUCCCUCCAGAAGAGAAUUUCAAGCAGGGUCUGUACAUGUUCGACAUUGGUCAGAAUGAUCUUGAUAUUGCAUUUUAUUCAAAAUCCGAAGACCAAGUUAUCGCUUCAAUUCCAACUAUCUUGGCAGAGUUUGAGACUGGAAUAAAGGAACUAUAUUACCAUGGUGCGAGGAUUUUUUGGAUUCAUAACACGAGCCCCCUCGGAUGCUUACCCAGAAUAAUUGCAAAUUUUGGAAAAGACCCGUCAAAGUUGGAUGAAUAUGGGUGCAUCAGAUCACAAAACAGUAUGGCUAAGCUUUUCAACACACAACUCCAUGAUUUAUGCACCAAAUUCAAGGGACAGUUUCCUGCAGCCACUGUGACAUAUGUCGACAUUUUCGCCAUAAAACUCAACCUAAUAUCAAACUAUUCUCAAUUUGGGUUCAAACAGUCUUUAGCAGCUUGUUGUGGUUAUGGUGGGCUGCCUUUAAAUUUUGAUAAUCGGAUUGCGUGUGGCGAAACCAAGGUUCUGAAUGGGAGCUUGGUGACAGCAAAACCAUGCAACAACACGACUGAAUAUGUGAAUUGGGAUGGGAACCAUUACACAGAGGCAGCAAAUCUGUAUGUUUCGUCCCAAAUUCUGACAGGAAAGUACUCUGAUCCACCUCUCUUGGCGAAUGCACAAUUUAUUGUCGGAUCUACGUAACUCGAAAAAUAUUUAACAAGUUUGUAUUAACUUCCUCACGGUUGUGACAGGGCAUGCAAUAUAGUAAUUUUAGUAUUGGUCCUGCAUGAUUACAUGAUAUAUUGAAAUUGCCUGGGAUGGUUGAUGUUA